AUGCCGUUGACGAUCAACGGAAUCCGUUUGGAUGACACUCCGCGUGAUGGACGUUCGUUGUUCUUGUCCUAUCCUUUUCUUAAAGACCACGCGUCCGCGCUGUGCGCAUUGCCUACCAAAUUGAUUGGUCCAGUUGGGCUUUUGUACGUUUGCCAAAGAGAAUUUGCUGCAACAGUUCCCCAUGACAAAAACAUCACUCUUCUCGGAACGGAGGAAGCGACUACUUGUCACGUCGUCGUCCUUCGUCAUUCAGGCUCGGGUGCUGUGAGCUUGGGGCACUUCGAUGGAUCAUGUUCUGAUGAAGGUGUUAUCAGUAUGAUACAGCGUGUUCAAGAGCUCUCUUUAGGGUAUCCGGAGGGUCGAUUGGAGGUUCACAUUGUUGGCGGCUUUCAUGACGGUAGAGGACGCUCCGAUGAAGUUCUUGUUGGUGUGCUCUAUGCUCUGCACAAACAGCCGUUAGACGUUGAAAUGGUUACAGCUUGUUUCGGUGACGUGAACACUACAAUCCGUGGUGGAAUUCCGUGGCCCAUCAUCUAUGGCAUCGCUGUGAAUGUUAAAACGGGGGAAAUCUGCCCCGCAACGUUUCCUGAAAAAGGUCCUGCGCUCGCUUUGCGUGGCGCACGAACGUUCACUGGAGGUCAUCACAUGUUGGAUGUGUAUGACGCAAACUUGGGCUUGAUGAGGAUAGGUCCAUUCAAUUAUGAACCCCUGCGUGGCGUGGAUUUGUGGUUGCAGCAAUCCGAUGAUUUCAUCUUACAACAUUUAUCUACAUCACCAGAAGUUGAGCCCCCACAUUUCGCUAUGCAAGUUCGUGCAACUCUAAAGCAUAUUCAGGAGCAUCCGUUUCCUUCCGUGACUUUGUUCCCUGACAAUCGGCCCCAUUUUUAUCGCAAAGACGAAGCAGGAAAUUGGAUUCCCGUUCGAAAGCUUAAAAUGCACGGGGAAGCCAGUUUUAAGUUAUCCACUACGAUUGUGGGGCACACGAACGAUGUCAAAUGUAUUGCGUUUUCGCCCUCACCGAAUGGCAUCCUCACUGCAUCCAGGGACAAGACAGCGAAGUUCUGGGCCCUUGACAAUAACGGACGUGAAUAUUCCAUGGCUGCCGAGUUGAGUGGUCACAAGCAUUACGUUAAUGCGGUUGUAGCAAUCGGCGCUUGCGAACAGUUCCCUUUGGGAGCCAUAUUAACUGGAAGUAUGGAUGGCGUGGUGCGAGUGUACGGAGUUGGUGGCGGAGAUCCUGUCAGAUUAUUUGAAGGGCAUAAACAGUCGGUCACUUGUUUGGCGGUAUCAUCAGGAGGACUCGUCCUUAGUGGUUCAUGGGAUUUCUCUAUGAAAGUUUGGUUGAACAAGGAGCAGCAACCGUGCUCUAAAACACUUGUGGGUCACACAAUGGCAGUAUGGAGUGUGACUGUGAUGCCUGGUGACAGACUUUUCGCAUCUGCAUCGGCAGACAAAUCGAUAAGGCUUUGGAAUGCGAGUGAUGGAACUUGCGUCAAGACUUUGCUUGGCCACGAGGACGUCGUGAGAUGCGUUGUCGCUGUGUCUCCGACGGAGUUGUUCUCUGCUGCGAAUGACAGCUCUGUGCGACGAUGGAACAUCGAUGGAUCUUGUCUUGGCGUGUAUCCUGGACAUGAACCCUUCACUUAUUGCAUUUCCUUUUGGAAGAAUGGCGAGUUUGCCACUUGUGGUGAAGACCGCGUCGUGCGAGUAUGGAAGAAUUUUCAAGUUGUACAAAAUGUUCAUUUACCCACGCUGACCAAUUGGAGUAUCGCCUGCUUGCCCAAUGGAGAUUUCGCAGUGGGUGGAAACGAUGGAAUGGUUCGAGUUUUCUCUCGAUCCAAGGAGCGCUGGGCUCCAGCAGAGGAGCUUCAAAUUUAUGAAGACACUCUGAAGGAGGUGAAAAUUCAAGCUCCUGAACUGGAAGGUCUCGACACUGAUAACAUGCCUGGCCCGGAAGCAUUGCUGAAUCCUGGAAUGAAAGAUGGUCAGAAUAGAUUUAUAAAAGAAAACGGUGUCGUUAACCUUUAUUCGUGGGCCGCGGCUGAACAAAAGUGGCUACUCGUCGGAUCUGUGAUCGGUAGCAAACCUCAGAAAAAGCAGCAUUUGGGUAAGGAAUUUGACUACUUAUUUGACGUGGACUUGGGCGACAAUCACCCGAAACUGAAACUUGGGUACAACAAAGGUGAAGAUCCGUGGGCCGCAGCGCAACGUUUCAUCAACGAAAACGAACUGAGCCAAGACUUCAUCGAUCAAAUAUCCAACUUCAUCGUUUCUCAGACGAAAGAAGUGGCCCAUUUGUACCCCUCUGCAGCAGCGGCUGAUCCAUUCACGGGUGGAAGUCGAUACGUGCCUGGAUCUGGGGUUGCCGGAGGAGGGUUUAGUCACGGCGGAGCUGCGGAUCCGUUUACGGGUAGCUCGGGGUAUCGUCCGGGCUCAGGAGCACCGACUUCUGGUUCGGGUGCGAGUGCGGGGCUCGGAGCCGAUCCGUUCACUGGCUCUACUCGAUACGUUCCCGCGGGGCAAGUUCUGUCCACGGAGUCGGUUGCAGCGUCUGAUUUCCCUGUGCAGCAGUACUUGUUAUUUACGCAAGGAAACCGAAAAGCUAUGCUCGAUAAGCUGCUGACGUUUCAAAGUGAAAUGAAAGGAGAAGGUGCCGUUAUAGCUACUGUGAUGCAUGUGAUUGACGCGGUGGAUUCGAGUGCUGUCCUUCGCGAACCUGAGGCUGUCACGGGAGUCAAAUCCCUGAUGUCGCUGCUGGCUUGGCCGGAAGAGAAACUUCUACCUGUGCUUGAUGCUUUACGAUUGGCCGUGACUGAAAAACAAGUGAAUCGACUGAUGUGCGAAGUGAAUCCAGAUCCCGUUGUAAAGCUUUUCAACGACCACAUCAUAAGUUCAACUCAAUCUUCAUCCACCGUAGCAAACACGAAUCGCAUGCUCUUGCUGAGAACAGUGUGCAACCUCUUUGCCCACGAACCCGGACGGGGUCUCAUGUCCAAUCUCCGCGAGCAAUUCAUCAACACGUUGCCCAAUAUCCUGCCUGCAGAUAAAAACACUCAGAUCGCAACAGCUUCCAUAUUCUUGAAUUUUGGAGUGCAAAUCUCUCAGAUGCCGGAUUCUGAAGCGAAAGACGAAAUGAUGUUGCACACGCUUCGGUGCGUUCUGGACGCCCUGGGAAAGCUGGUUGAUGGUGAAGCCGUUUAUAGAAUCCUCGCCGGACUGGGGACUCUGAUCUACGAAUCGGAUUUCGUGUCAGUGGCUGCUGAGCUCGGUGUUCGCGACGGAGUGACGAAGAUUCUGAGCGGCGCUUUCCCUGAGAAAGUCUUGAAGUGUAGCGAGCGAAUUUUGGCGAUGCUGUAAUUAAGGACAUCUUUUCCAUAAUUAAAUUCGUUUGAUUCGGAAGAAAAUGCGAUUGCUUUUCCUGGGCAUCUCUUGAAUCUGCUGAUGCACGGUGGACUAAAUUUCGUGGACGAUUGAUGCACGGAAGUUCUUCUGGUUUAUAUUUGAAAUUCGAGCCUCGAAAUAAAAUUCAUGCAAGCCGUU